AUGGAUUCCUCCUCCAGAUGGUUUGAGACUACUACUACUCCCUUAUCCCGGACUUCGGCUCCAAUUGCUUCAUGGGUUAGAUGGAUUCCUCCUCCAGAUGAUGGUUUUCUCAAGAUCAAUUUUGAUGUGGUAACUACUACUACUACUACUACUACUACUCCCUUAUCCCGGACUUCGGCUCCAAUUGCUUCAUGGGUUACAUGGAUUCCUCCUCCAGAUGGUUUUCUCAAGAUCAAUUUUGAUGUGGUAACUUUUAAAGACACAGGCAAAGCAGGUUUGGGAAUUGCUAUUCGCAGUUGUCAGGGAAAAACCAUUGCCUCUCUUUUUGAACAGACCUCCCUACCACACUCAUCAGAUAUAGUCAAGGCCAUGGCUGCUGCAAGGGCCAUCUCUUUUGCUCAUGAACUUGACUUCUCUUCAUUCACUCUCGAAGGAGAUUAUGAAACUGUGAUCAAAGCACUCAAAAGCGAUGUAGAUUCUUUGACCCCCUUUGGCCAUUAUCUUGCUUCGGCCAAAGCCACCACAGAUGCCAACAGUUGUAUUUCUUUCUCUCAUAUACAUAGACUAGACAAUUUCGUAGAUUAUAACCUACCUAAGCAUGCUAGAUAUGUUAGAGAUUUUUUGGUGUGA